AUGAGGGACAGCACACCCGUAUCAACGACUUCGAAGAGUCAAGAAUCUAACCCAAGGGAUGGCCUUUUGCGCAUCCACCAUCGGCGUGCCGGUGCUUAUCAGCCGAAAGAUAGCCUCGGCCUCUCUUGCAUACUGCAAGUUGGGGAUGCAGAAGGUGAUCAUCAGUCGUUGAUGAGAAGAAGAUCGUUAACAGUACCGCCCGACAACAUUGGGAUAUCGUGCCUACCGACGGGAGAUGGUUCGGAAAAUUCCAAGGCCCCGGAAUCCGAGGCCUCACCGGACGCCCCCGACAUCCCUGACUCGCAAUGCCUGAAAAAAGUGGAACUGGACGUUUUGAAGAAGCUUCAGAAUCUGAGAACGAGCGAUUUGGCCGACGAUCGGUUACUCGACAUCGGUAUCAGUAACAUUAGGAGGCCGAAGAAAGCGCUUAAGCCCCGAAAACCGAUUUUGCCGAAAACCAACAUUGGAUCGAGUUGUCAACUGUUGCAACGUCCCACCGUUUCCAACACGAGUAUCCGGAGUAUGGAGAAAGUAAUGAUACUGUAA